AUGUGGCACUCAUUCAGACGAUCAAACCUGUCAGAUAAAUUGGACCUGCCUUCCCGUCUUCCAUCUAGUUAUCUCCCCUUGUCAGAACACCAUAAAAUCCGAGAGACACAUGUAUUUAUUUGUCAUCCUUUCUGUUCCUCCUCCUCCUUCUUCUUCCUUUUUCUUUUCCUCCUCUUCUUCUUCUUCCUUUUUUGUUUCAGACUCCUUUUUCCUUCUUUUAUUUUUUUAUAUUUAUUUGUCAUCCUUUCUGUUCCUUCUUUUUCUUCUUCUUCACCUCCUCCUCCUCCUCCUCCUCUUCUUUCUUUGUUUCAGACUCCUUUUUCCUUCUUUUAUCUUUUUAUAUUUAUUUGUCAUCCUUUCUGUUCCUCCUUUUUCUUUUCUUCUUCUUCUUUUUCUUCUUCUUCUUCUUCUUCUUCUUCUUUCUUUGUUACAGACUCUUUUUUCUUCUUUUAUCUUUUUAUAUUUAUUUGGCAUCCUUUCUGUUCCUCCUUUUUCUUUUUCUUCUUCUUCUUCUUCACCUCCUCCUCGUCCUCCUCCUCCUCUUCUUUCUUUGUUUCAGUCUCCUUUUUCCUUCUUUUAUCUUUUUAUAUUUAUUUGUCAUCCUCUCUGUUCUUCAUCCUCCUCCUUCUUGCUUUUUCUUUUCUUCUUCUUCUUCUUUUGUUUCAGACUCCUUUUUCUUUUUUUUUUCUUUUUUUAUAUUUAUUUGUUUUCCUUUCUUUUUUCCUCCUCCUCCUCCUUCUUCUUCUUCAUCUUCUUUAUUGGAAUGCUUGUUUCACUUUCUUUUACAUAGUUAUUUUUAUCAAAAUCUGUUCUUCUUCAUCAUAUCUUAUUCUUAUUCCCCUACUCCUUCUCUUUCAGGUAAAAACUAGUUUUUACGUUGUUAUAUUUCUUUGCAUCUCUUCUUCCCCUUCCCUCCUCCUUUUUCUUUUCACUUAA